AUUACUGUAUUCGAAAAUACUCGGAAAAUGCAAAUAUUCGUAAAGACAUUGACAGGAAAGACGAUCACGUUGGAGGUUGAGCCUAGUGAUACUAUUGAGAAUGUGAAGGCGAAGAUUCAAGACAAAGAAGGUAUUCCUCCUGACCAACAACGUUUGAUAUUCGCUGGUAAGCAGUUGGAAGAUGGACGUACUCUGUCUGACUACAACAUCCAGAAAGAGUCGACUCUGCAUCUUGUCCUUCGUCUACGUGGUGGAAUGCAAAUCUUUGUGAAGACGUUGACUGGUAAGACGAUUACGUUGGAGGUUGAGCCUAGUGAUACUAUUGAGAAUGUGAAGGCGAAGAUUCAAGACAAAGAAGGUAUUCCUCCUGACCAACAACGUUUGAUAUUCGCUGGUAAGCAGUUGGAAGAUGGACGUACUCUGUCUGACUACAACAUCCAGAAAGAGUCGACUCUGCAUCUUGUCCUUCGUCUACGUGGUGGAAUGCAAAUCUUUGUGAAGACGUUGACUGGUAAGACGAUUACGUUGGAGGUUGAGCCUAGUGAUACUAUUGAGAAUGUGAAGGCGAAGAUUCAAGACAAAGAAGGUAUUCCUCCUGACCAACAACGUUUGAUAUUCGCUGGUAAGCAGUUGGAAGAUGGACGUACUCUGUCUGACUACAACAUCCAGAAAGAGUCGACUCUGCAUCUUGUCCUUCGUCUACGUGGUGGAAUGCAAAUCUUUGUGAAGACGUUGACUGGUAAGACGAUCACGUUGGAGGUUGAGCCUAGUGAUACUAUUGAGAAUGUGAAGGCGAAGAUUCAAGACAAAGAAGGUAUUCCUCCUGACCAACAACGUUUGAUAUUCGCUGGUAAGCAGUUGGAAGAUGGACGUACUCUGUCUGACUACAACAUCCAGAAAGAGUCGACUCUGCAUCUUGUCCUUCGUCUACGUGGUGGAAUGCAAAUCUUUGUGAAGACGUUGACUGGUAAGACAAUUACGUUGGAGGUUGAGCCUAGUGAUACUAUUGAGAAUGUGAAGACGAAGAUUCAAGACAAAGAAGGUAUUCCUCCUGACCAACAACGUUUGAUAUUCGCUGGUAAGCAGUUGGAAGAUGGACGUACUCUGUCUGACUACAACAUCCAGAAAGAGUCGACUCUGCAUCUUGUCCUUCGUCUACGUGGUGGAAUGCAAAUCUUUGUGAAGACGUUGACUGGUAAGACGAUUACGUUGGAGGUUGAGCCUAGUGAUACUAUUGAGAAUGUGAAGGCGAAGAUUCAAGACAAAGAAGGUAUUCCUCCUGACCAACAACGUUUGAUAUUCGCUGGUAAGCAGUUGGAAGAUGGACGUACUCUGUCUGACUACAACAUCCAGAAAGAGUCGACUCUGCAUCUCGUCCUUCGUCUACGUGGUGGAAUGCAAAUCUUUGUGAAGACGUUGACUGGUAAGACGAUCACGUUGGAGGUUGAGCCUAGUGAUACUAUUGAGAAUGUGAAGGCGAAGAUUCAAGACAAAGAAGGUAUUCCUCCUGACCAACAACGUUUGAUAUUCGCUGGUAAGCAGUUGGAAGAUGGACGUACUCUGUCUGACUACAACAUCCAGAAAGAGUCGACUCUGCAUCUUGUCCUUCGUCUACGUGGUGGAAUGCAAAUCUUUGUGAAGACGUUGACUGGUAAGACGAUUACGUUGGAGGUUGAGCCUAGUGAUACUAUUGAGAAUGUGAAGGCGAAGAUUCAAGACAAAGAAGGUAUUCCUCCUGACCAACAACGUUUGAUAUUCGCUGGUAAGCAGUUGGAAGAUGGACGUACUCUGUCUGACUACAACAUCCAGAAAGAGUCAACCUUACAUCUUGUUCUGCGCCUACGUGGAGGCAUGUGAUUUCUGUUAAAGUAAAAUUAAAAAAUAAAUUUUAGUUUGAUUUUAUUUCUAAACGUAGUUCUGUUUUCGCGAGCUGCGAAUGAUGUUGGUCUGUUGUGUCGUACUGGGUAGUGCGUUUUAACAGUGUGAUACGGUCGAUGGAUAUUCGAGCUUGUACAGAUUUCAGCUAAGUCAUUCAUGGUUUAAUCAUGCUGUAGGACGAGUUGUUUGGACACAAUGUGUUUGAUGACGUAGGCAUUAGGAGUUGUAUGGUAUUGAGUGAGGAUACGCGUUUUGAAAUUUGUAGGAAAGUAAUCGCAAAUAAAGUGAUUGUCAUAUUACAACCGAUUUCGUGACAUCGCAUAAUCCUUUCCUGUAGAUAUCGACCGCAUAUCAGACUUGAGUUUGUAUGUCCAACCCAUUCUCAGCGUCUUUUCCUAGUUCCCGUUUUAGUUGGAUGCUGGUUUGUUCUCUCCCGCGGUAGGCUGUUGCCGAUGGUAUCCGGCCAACGGACAAUGAGUAUCUUGUGUAGAAUUUAUUUAUUUGAACACAAACAUUGGUACAAGAGAGUGCCAAUAUAUAUGCGCCACACAAAACAAUGAGAAUUCAAAUAGAAAAAAACAGGUAAUAAGCGUAAAACAAGAGAACAAUAACGAAGAGAUUGGUAUAAAGUAGUGUGGUAGUAAGGAGGGGAUGGAAAGUAUAAUCGGAAUAAAUCUUUUAGUUAAGGGAGACAACCACUUUUUAUGAAGAAAGUAAAGAAGGUUACAGCAGGAUCGCCACUGGCUUCUAUUUUGAGCCAUAUCUAAUAACGUCCCUAGCCACAGUGUUGUACCAUCUCUCGGACCCCAACCAAGGGGUCGCAAAGGACCAACACAAGCCAGUCCUUUGCAGCUUUCUUUCAUACCACGACACCAUGUCAUGCACUGACCACCUCUCCGCUUUUCCCAACCAGUCCCAGAGUCGGCAAAUAAUGCACGACGUGGAAUUCUCUGGGACGACAUUCGGAGAACAUGUCCAAGCCAACGAAGUCGGUGUUUCAAGAUGGUGACAUCGAUUGCAUUAUCAUCUCUGUGCCCGAACACACUAUGCCGAACCUCUGCAUUACUAACAUGGUGUUGCCACUGGAUGUCAGCAAUCCUUCAGAGACAGCAAUGAUCGAACACAGAGAGUCGUCUAACAUCCUCAACUCGGAAAGGCCAGGUUUCACAAGCAUAGAGCAAGACUGUCCUCACCGACGCGUUGUAGAUCCGACAGUUUACAGCCAGACUAACAUCACGAAGGCGCCAAAGGUGGCCCAGAUUGGCAUAAGCCGCUCUGACUUUCACUAUACGUGCAUUGAUCUCAUCACUCACACCCCCACCAGCACUUAUGCAGCUACCAGAUACACGAACUUCUCGACUACGUCUAUCUGCUCACCAUCCAGGGUGAGAACAUGAUUAGAAUCCUGCCAGUCUUGUAGAAGUACUUUGCACUUCGAAGGUGCAAGCACAUACCAUACCUACGGACACUGAUUGCCAACUGAUUAAGUGCGGAUUGCAUGGCUUGGGCACUAUCGCACAGUAAGACAAUAUCAUCCGCAUACUCAA